UAUUUGCAGACCCCCAAUUAAGCUUCUCCAGCUUUCUCCAGGCCACGUUUAUUAAAUAAACUUUAUUACACUUGAAGCUAACGUCACCGUUACAAACCAACUUUCCUAUUGUCACCAUAUCAGUCAAUUGUCUUCACUCCAUCAUAAUUCAGUAGGAAAGAGUGUCAAGAGCCAUGGCACCAUUCGAAGCUCCGACGACCAAGCUGGUCGACCUCGGCCAUACGAGCUUAUUUAUUUCUGCAGCAUCCAUUGCAUUUAAUCCACUAUUUUGGAACAUUGUAGCUCGACAAGAAUACCACAAUAAAGUACUCACCAAACUCUUCGGCGGUCGUUCUCAAGUAGCAUGCUAUGGCUUGGCCUUCACGAUCUUCACUCUUGGUCUUCUUCGCGACUUCCUUUACGAGCGCGCCUUGCGUGAACAACCAUCCUAUCCACUCCUCGAGCUAGAUGAGGUCAAAUAUGCCGGAUAUGCACUCAUAGCAAUCGGCAAUAUUCUUGUGGUGACUUCGACCUGGGCGCUUGGCAUUACUGGUACUUUCCUUGGUGACUACUUCGGCAUUCUGAUGGACGAUAUCGUGACAGGGUUUCCGUUCAGCAUCACGGAUGCACCCAUGUACAACGGCUCAACCUGCAGCUUCCUCGGUGCUGCUCUAGUAUACGGAAAGCCCGCCGGUAUCCUCUUGACCGCCUGGGUUUUUGUCGUUUAUCAGGUCGCCCUCAAGUACGAGAAUCCGUUUACGGCGGGGAUAUACGCCAAGAGAGAGAGGGAGCGUGCCGUUGCAGGAGGAGUUGAGGGCAAGAAGUUGCAAUGAUCGACGGGCGGCUGUCCGGCUAUGUAUGCAGCGUUCCGGGCGCACGUAUGUACGCACGCACAGUUCUUCUCUACCCCCGGCACGCCACUAGGUUUUACCGAGAGGAGCCCGAAACCGGAUGAUGAGUGAAGCGAAGAGAGGCGAAGUUGAAGAUAUAUUAGAUGAAGUUUCCAAGCACGUUGCACUAGUCGACGUUUGUAUUCGCGUGUGCGCCGCCUAGUUGUAAGGGUAUGUGUGAAUAUCGGAGCAUGAGGAUUCAGCAUUUGCAAGAUCACGAGGCAUUUGUUUGCAUGAUACCUACAGUACAUACAUACCUACCUAGUAGGUAUGCAAUGCGAAGGAGUCAGGCCGAGAGGGGCAUGUAUCAGCUUCGUAAGCCGAUGUAAAAUCAGACACAUAAUUUACAAUCAAUGAUAACGAUCAAACAUAAA